CGAGCUCCCAGUUGGGCAUUGGCGAUGUUCACCACCACCCUCGUGCUCCUCCUCGCGGCCGCGACGGCCGCGCCGACGCGCCUCGGCAUUGAGCGCAAGCGACGCCUCCAAGCAGCAGUCGAUUCGUGCGGGAAGAACGGAGCCGCCGGCCUCCUCGUUCACGAGUCGGCGCGAUUCACGACUCAGGAUUCGGGCACGGCCUGCGUCGCCAAGCUCGUCAAGAAACUCGACCUAUAUGGAGCCAACGUCGUCCAGCGCCUGCCAAUGGCCCGAAUGGUUGCCAUCGCUCCCGUCAAUACCUCCAUCCUCGACAGCAUUGUCCUCGAUAGCGAGGUGGAGCUGGAGCCCAACUGCAUCAUCCAGCUCGACGACCUGCCAGCGGGGGCGCCAGUGCCAGCUCAAGCGUGGGGCAUCGACCGCAUCGACAGCCGCGAUGGGACCGACGGCUUCUACGACGACUCCGGAGUCACCGGCUCUGGCUCCCUCGUCUACAUCCUCGACACCGGCGUCCGCAUCGGCCACGUCGACUUUGGCGGCCGCGCCUUGGCCGGCUGGUCCGCUGGCUGCCCGACGGGCAGCGAGAGCUCGUGCGGCAACGACGUGUCCGGCUACGUCUACCAGGGCGUGAUUGACUCCAGCUCCUCCCGCUGCAACGGCCACGGCACCCACUGCGCCUCGACCGCCGGCGGCACCACCUACGGCGUUGCAAGGGGCGCCACCAUCAUCACCGUCCAGGUGCUCUCGUGCGGCGGCUCCGGCUCCUACGCCGGCGUGAUGGCGGGCAUCGAGUGGGCGGUCGCCGACGCGCAGAGUCGCGACCUCCCGGCGGUCCUCUCGAUGUCCCUCGGCGGGGGCGGGGCGAACCGGUACGACGCCGUCAUCCAGGCGGCGAUGGCGGCGGGAGUCCUCACGGUUGUCGCCGCAGGGAACAACAACGGCGACGCGUGCCAGAAGUCGCCCGCGUCAACCUUGGAGGCUAUCACCGUCGGCUCGACCGAUAUCGACGAUGGUCGCUCCUCCUUCUCCAACUACGGGCCUUGCAUGGACAUCUUUGCGCCGGGGCGCGAUAUCAAGGCGGCUUGGUCCGGCUCCGACGACGCCACCAGGACAAUCUCGGGCACGUCCAUGGCGACGCCGCACGCUGCUGGCGUGGCGGCGCAGAUUCGGUCACUCAACCCGGCGCUCACCCCCGAGGAGGUGACGGACGCGAUGCUCUGCAUGUCCACCAAGGAUGUAGUCACCCAGCCUCUGCCGGCGGACACCGCCAACAAGCUGCUCUACAACAAGUUUGAUGCGGCCGACGUCGCCUCGUGCCUGACCACCGGCCCGCCCAGUCCGCCGUCGCCUCCGCCGUCGCCGGGCUCACCGCCGUCGCCGCCCGCGGCGUCGCCGCCUCCGCCGUCGCCGCCAGCAGCGUCGCCGCCUCCGCCGCCUCCGCCCAGCCCCUCGCCGCCGCCGCCCGGCCCGGGCCCACCACUCACGUGCACAACCUCGUGCAGCGUGCCGGAGUAUCGCACGCUGAUCGCGGUUGCGCCGUCCGAGUGCCCUCCCAACGGGAUGAAUUUCCUCCCGAACUGCGAUUCGUGCGAGCUCACCUACGGCGACGUUUGUGAGGGCGACCGUGGAGUGUGCGGCACCGACAAUUCCCUCGACAACUGCGGGGCCUACGACGUGUACCUCAUCACCGGCAACUCCACCGUUCCGCCGCCAUCUGCCGGGCCCGUGCCUCCGCCGCCUUCAUCUGCCGCACCGUCGCCGUCCGCCAGACCCGUGCCUCCUCCUCCGUCGGCCUCGCCGUCGCCGUCCGCCAGACCCGUGCCGCCUCCUCCGUCGGCCUCGCCGUCGCCGUCCGCCAGACCCGUGCCUCCUCCUCCGUCGGCCUCGCCGUCGCCGUCCGCCAGACCCGUGCCGCCUCCUCCGUCGGCCUCGCCGUCGCCGUCCGCCAGACCCGUGCCGCCUCCUCCGUCGGCCUCGCCGUCGCCGUCCGCCCGGCCCGUGCCGCCUCCUCCGUCGGCCUCGCCGUCGCCGUCCGCCAGACCCGUGCCGCCUCCUCCGUCGGCCUCGCCGUCGCCGUCCGCCAGACCCGUGCCGCCUCCUCCGUCGGCCUCGCCGUCGCCGUCCGCCAGACCCGUGCCGCCUCCUCCGUCGGCCUCGCCGUCGCCGUCCGCCCGGCCCGUGCCGCCUCCUCCGUCGGCCUCGCCGUCGCCGUCCGCCAGACCCGUGCCGCCUCCUCCGUCGCCUUCGCCGCCUCCUCCGUCCGCCUCGCCAUCCCCGUGCAAGCCUUGGUGCGCAAACAAUCCAAAUUCGUGGGAGAAGAAGUGCAAAUGGCAGCUCAACUGUGCGGGCUGCCCAGAGUGCGACGCUGUGACGCCGCCGCCGCCCAAUUGCAAACCUUGGUGCGCGAACAAUGGAAAUUCGUGGGCGACGAAGUGCAAAUGGCAGCGCAACUGUGCGGGCUGCCCAGAGUGCAACUAGCGCCGGCAUCUGCUCCUUUGACGUCGAUGUCCACUACUAUGUCUACUAUGUCUACUAGGAUGUCUACUGCCUCGGAAACACGAAAGGACAGACGGAUGUGUCUAGGUAUGUCUAUACUACGGCUAUGUCUACUAGGAUGUCUACUAUGUCUACUAGGAUGAAAUGAAAAGUACAAAAAGUUGAUUUCAUU